UUCUAUUUUAAUGCAGAAUUAGAACUGCACCAUGAAAAAAGUUGCCGUAAAACUUUCGGUUGGAGAAAAGGAGUUUACAAUUGAUCCAAAGGAUGUUGUACCUGAAACGACCCUCAAUCAGUUUUUAAGAGAAGUAGCACAUUUGACAGCUACUAAGAGGUCAUGUUUGGAAGGAGGAUGUGGAGUUUGUGUUGUGACAGCAGAAUUAACGGAUCCUGCAACCAGAAUAAAGAAAAUCAUAGCUGUCAAUUCAUGCUUGGUGUCAAUUUAUUCUUGUCACGAUUGGAAGAUCCAUACAAAUGAAGGCAUUGGUAAUUAUUUCACAGGUUACAAUCCAUUACAAAACAAAUUGGCAGAAGGUAAUGGGAGUCAAUGCGGUUUUUGUUCCUCCGGAAUGAUCAUGAACAUGUACUCCUUGAUAAAUUCCGGAAAACCAACUCCACAGCAAGUCGAAAAUUCGUUUUCUGGGAAUCUUUGUAGGUGCACCGGCUACAGACCUAUCCUGAAGACAUUUAGAUCGUUUGUUGAGGAUAUUGAAGAUUAUAAACCUUGCACUAAAAAAUGCGAAGAUUGUUUUGAGGCUAGUCCAGGAAGUAUAAACAUCUUGUGUGAAAUUGAUGGCAAAGAAAAAUGGAUGAAAUUCUAUUAUUUAAAAGAUCUUCUAUCUGUUUUGAGUACCAUUACUGAGACUUACAUGUUGGUCGCUGGAAACACCGCAAAAGGAGUUUACAAAGAUCCUUUACCACAUACAUAUUUGGACGUUUCUAGUGUAAACGAAUUAAUUGUUUACAAAACUACAGAUGAUAAUUUAAUACUUGGAGCCAAUAUAAGUUUGAACAGGACCAUCGAAAUAUUCAAAGAAACUGCAAAGAACCAUUCCCAACUUUCUUAUUUGGAACUUAUGAGUGAACAUAUUGAUUUAAUAGCAAAUGUUCCAGUUAGAAAUAUUGCAACAAUUGCAGGAAAUUUGAUGUUAAAACACAAACAUCCCGAAUUUCAGUCUGAUAUGUUCUUGAUUUUAGAAACUGUCAAUGCUAUUUUAGUCAUAGUGGACACAUCUGAGAAUGAAACAAGAGUAACUCCCGCACAAUUUUUAAAACUAAAUAUGAACAAAAAAGUUAUCAAAAAUGUUAUCUUGAAAGGAUACAAUGAAAAAUACAUCUAUAAAAGUUACAAGAUUAUGUCAAGGGCACAAAACACACCAGCUACAGUUAAUGCAGGAUUUUUGUUCCAUAUGGUGGGAGAUUACACUGAUUCUUGUAGAAUUGUUUUUGGUAACAUAAAUCCCAAUUUUGUUCAUGCUGAAAACGCUGAAAAUUAUUUGAAACAUAAACAGUUACACGACAAUAACACUUUAAAGGAUGUUCUUAAAUUACUUAAAUCAGAAAUUAAUCCUGACGUUAGACUUCCUGAGGCUUCACCAAAGUAUAGGCAAAUGUUGGCGAUAUCUUUGUUUUACAAGUUUGUUUUAUACACAGCAUCGCCCAACAAAGUCUCGGAUAGGAAAAAACUUGGGGGACAAUUAAUAGAACGACCAUUAUCUUCAGGAAAAGUAGAAUACACCCCAAUCAAAAGUAGAUUUCCUUUGUCUGAACCAAUAAUAAAGAUUGAAGCCAUGAAUCAAACCAGAGGUCAAGCUGAAUAUAUUGAAGACAUGCCAGAUCUUCCAGGUCAACUUUUUGCUGCUUUCGUACUAGUUGGAGCAGCUCCAAAAUCCAUAAUCACCAAAAUAGACCCAUCAAAAGCUUUGAGUGUUCCUGGAGUUGUAGCCUUCUUAGGCAAAGAGGACAUACCUGGAAACAACGCAUGGACUCCAAGUGAAGCAUCGAUUUUCACUGUUAAAGAAGUUUUAUUCUCUGAAGGUGUAGUUGAAUAUCACGACCAGCCGGUUGGCAUAAUUGUAGCCAACAACCAAGAACUAGCUGAAGCUGCUGCUGAUUUGGUAAUAGUUGAAACUAAACCUGGCACAGAAAAAUACUAUUUGGAUAUUAGAGAAGUUUUAGCAGCAUCUGAAAGUGUACAGAAAGAAAGGGUAAAGCCUAGUAUGAAUAUGGAUCCAAGACGUAAAGGAACUGAUAUUCAAAAAGUGAUAAAAGGUGAAGUUUAUCAAGGACUCCAGUACCACUUUCAUAUGGAGUUACAGUGUUGCAAUGUGGUUCCUCUUGAGGAUGGCUUGGAUGUUUUUCCUUCUAGUCAGUGGAUUGAUGCUAAUCAAAUUGCAAUUGCAGCCUUGUUAAAUUUGAAAAACACUCAGGUUAACGUUAAGGUUCGUCGUUUGGGUGGUGCGUUUGGAGGUAAAAUAGUUCGGAGCGUAUUCGUAUCGAAUGGUGCAGCCUUGGCGGCGUACAAGCUGAAAAGACCUGUAAAAAUGCGUUUACCUUUGGUAAAAAAUAUGAAACUGAUUGGAAAGAGGUAUCCCCUCUUAGUUCAAUACGAAGCAGGAGUUGAUAAGAAAGGAAUAAUACAAUACAUGGACGCUAAAUUAUAUUCAGAUUACGGUGUUGGAGGGAAUGAACCCAUGGAGAAAAUGUUAUUUGAAGGCUUUUUAAAUGGAUAUAUCGUGGACACUUGGAAGGUAUCCAGUUUUAUGGUUAAGACAGAUACCCAUGCAAACACUUUUGCUCGAGCACCAGGAACGUUAACAGGAAUUGGAGCAAUUGAAACACUAAUGGAUCACAUUGCUAGCAUUUUAAAUUUGGACCCAUACGAAGUGAAAUUAGCAAACUUGAAUAAAAACAUACACCAAAUGAUUUUCGACCUCAAUCCUGACUUUAUCAAAUGGGCGGACGUUGUUCAAAGAAAACAGUCUAUACAAGAAUUCAACACUAAAAAUAGAUGGAGGAAAAAAGGCAUGUCAAUAAUUCCUAUGUGCUGGACGAUGGAAGUACCAAUAUCAUACAUUGCUUUAGUGUCAGUUUUCCAUGGUGAUGGAAGUGUGGCAAUUGCCCACGGUGGUAUAGAAAUGGGUCAAGGCAUCAACACUAAAAUUGUUCAGGCAACUGCAUAUAAAUUAGGAAUACCUAUGGAUUUGAUCCAAGUUAAACCUACAGCCACUUUAACUAAUCCCGGUAGUGGAACUUCUGGAGGAAGUUUGACCACUGAAGGAUGUUGUUAUGCUGUACUUCAGGCUUGUGACAAAAUAUUAGCUACAAUGAAACCAAUAAAGGACACUUUAAAGAAUCCAACUUGGCAUGAUAUUGUUAAGAAGUGUUACGACAAAAACAUCUUUCUUAUGGCUUCUGCUGAUUUUACCCCAGAAAAACCUAACAUACAACAAUACUUUGUUUAUGGACUUUGUGCCACUGAUGUAGAAGUUGAUAUUUUAACAGGCGUCCACCAAGUAAACAGGGUGGAUAUACUCCAAGAUGCCGGGGACAGCAUGAACCCCUUAUUGGAUAUGGGUCAAGUAGAAGGUGCUUUUAUUAUGGGUUUAGGUUAUCACACCACAGAAGAGAUAAUUAUGAACGAUGAGGGAGAAAUUUUAACUAACAGAACUUGGAAUUAUAAACCACCAGGUGCUAAAGAUAUUCCUGUCAUUUUCAACAUUAAAUUCCCUCCCAACGUCCCAAAUCCUGUUGGUGUAUUAAAUGUUAAAGCUAUUACUGAGGCUCCAUGUUGUUUAAGUUGUAGUGUUCCCCUGGCGAUUAGAAAUGCAGUUGCUUCUGCAAGAAAAGAAGCAGAUUUAACCCAGCCACAAUGGUACCCAGUAGAUGGUUGUUCGACGAUUGAAAACACAUUUAUGAACAGUUUGAACGAUACAAAUCAAUACACUUUAUUUUAACUGGGUAACAUAUUGAUUGGUACAAUUUCAAAUGGUUUAAUAAACUUUGAGUUGUACAUCAAAGUUAAAUGUUUUGCUCUGUAAAAUUAAAUUAAUACUGCUAACAAAUUGGAAAAUUUGCUUUUUGUUUAAUUUUACAGUAAAACAAUAUUGUAACAAUGUUCUUUUUGAUGAUACAGUUUUAAUCAUAACUUUACAAUCAAUGUUUACAAAGAGUUUAUAAAUUAAUAUUUUAGUAACAAUUAAAUAAA